AUGGGUGGCCAGAAUCACGCCGCCCCAACCCAAACCCAAACCCGACGAUACCAAUCAUCCUCGGCGCCAUCCGUCAACUACUCUCGCCGCUAUGCCUGCGAUCGGUGCCGGGGCCAUAAGCUUCGAUGCGUCCGCGAUCAUCUCACCACCGAGGGCGCCUGCCAGCGCUGUCGAAAGGCGCGAGAAAAGUGCACCAUUGGCGGGAGCACACGUUCCCGUCCGCCCAGAGACAGCGUCUGCCGGGUAGUCUCACACAACGAGUCUUCCAGCUCUGCGAGCCCAACCCGCUCUGCACGUCUGGUCUUCCCCCAGCAAGCAUGGGAGUCUGUUGAAUAUGGAGAUGGGCAAAAUCAAUUGCGAGACGAUAACGACAUCAACUGGCUCGAUACGCUUGAUGCCACAUACAGCAACAUUGCGUGUGAACUCGACCCGGAGACUCUCGGCGGUGGAGCAAUUGGGGGACAAGAUUAUGGGGACGUUGGAAGCGCCAUGCUUACCACGACCCAAAAAACUAGCGCCGGGGCUUACGCCUUCACAUCAGCUCCGGAGCACUUCGAGUUCAGCCCUGUUGUUAACAUCUCUGGGGAUCGUGAAGCACUCACCCUGCAAUCAAGCCAGCAGCAUCGCAAAGAUACUCCUUCAAAUAGCAACGAUGCCUCGUCCUCAACUCCAUCCACGUGUGCCCACGAACCUCCAGUGGCACUAAAUGCUGCCCAUAGGUUAACUCCGCAAGGCUCCUCCAAUUCUGGACCUUCAAACCAAACGAGUGCCACGGAUGAGUCCGUUGCACCAAAUGCUGAGCUCAAGGAUGCGGCCAUUCACGAGCUCUCCGAGCUCAGCACGAGCUUGAUGAAAGACCUGCACAGAGUAGUUAGCUGCAAGUUAGCAAGCUCGUUCAUUUUGACCUGUUCUGAUAAGAGGCCUGCCGAGUACUUGUUCAAGACGCUAGAUGGGUCAACCAGUCAGGAAAAUGCCAUCGGACGGAUGCUCCAGGGUUCGGAAAAGUUUCUCGAGAUUAUCCAGUCAUUUAAUCAAUUGUCACACUCCCCGGAUUCGCUUCCUGACAAUGCAAUGAUCGACCAAACACUGAACUUACAUGACCAUGAAGAAGGCCCAGACAGCUCUGAAAGAGCUGAUCAUGCACAACUGGAAAGGAGAUGGAAAAUGCUCCAAUCAUGUCUGGAGCGCCAGAGCCCAAUACCAACUGCACUCACUUCAGGGAUUUUCAAUCUUUCCUGGAAACCGGACAUGACCUCAAAACUAGCCGUCUUGACUUGUUACACGUGCCUUCUCCGAAUAUACGAGACUGUGUUCUCCGUGAUUCAUCACACACUGGAGUUUUCUCCCGCUCUGGCCGCGACCAUCAAGCUGCCUCCGACAGUUCCAGGCUUGGAAAUAAAUGGUUUCGUUAUACACAGGCACCGGAGUCUACAAAUCAAGGUGCUGAUCCAGAUAAGUACCUAUAUGCUCGACUCUGUCGAAAAGUCCAUGCAUUGCAUGCUCUCAGACUCAAUUUUCCAAGCCUUGCUAAAAACCGUAUUGCAACAAGAGGGCUUGGAGUGUUCGCCAGGAAAUGAGACUGGUUAG